AUGCUCGCUGUGCCCGACAUGGCGGCGCCCAGCGCGGGGCUCCGGCAGCGCGGCCCGGGCCGGGCCCGAGCCCCCGAUGGAGCUCCCGGAGCGGCCCCCGCUGCAUCCCCCGAAUCCCCCGAGCCCGGGCUCGGUACCGCGGCCUCUCCGCUCUCCCCGGGCACCUUCUGGCUGACCCGCAUCGUGCUGCUGCGCUCCAUUGCCUUCCUGUACUUCGUGGCCUUCCUGGUGGCGUUUGAGCAGAACAAGCAGCUGAUAGGAGAGAAGGGGCUGCUCCCCUGCAAGCUCUACCUGCAGGACAUCAAGAAAUACUUCAAGGGGAAGGUCGGCCUGGAUGCCCUGAGCUAUGCCCCCACUCUCAUCUGGUUCCUGGACUGGUCUGCCAUGGACAGCACCUUGGAUUGCCUGGCGCUGGCUGGCCUGGCAGUGGCUGCCUUUGUGCUGCUGACUGGCUGUGCCAACAUGGUCCUCAUGUCCCUGCUGUGGCUCCUCUACCUCUCCUUGGUCAAUGUUGGACAGAUCUGGUGGGUUCUCAGAUGGGAAUCACAGCUCCUGGAGACAGGAUUCCUGGGAAUAUUCCUGUGCCCGCUCUGGACCCUGUCCCGCCUGCCCCAGGGCUCUCCCCCUUCCAGAAUCGUCAUCUGGAGCUUCCGCUGGCUGAUUUUCAGGAUCAUGCUCGGAGCGGGGCUGAUUAAAAUCCGAGGAGAUCGUUGCUGGAGAGAGUUGACUUGCAUGGAUUAUCACUACGAGACGCAGCCGGUGCCCAACCCCAUCUCGUACUUCAUGCACCGCUCGCCGUGGUGGUUCCACCGCUUCGAGACCUUGGUCAACCACUUCAUCGAGCUGGUGGUGCCCUUCUUCCUGCUGCUGGGCCGGAGGAUGAGCAUCCUGCACGGGCUCCUGCAGAUCCUGUUCCAGGUGCUCCUGAUCAUCAGUGGGAACCUGAGUUUCCUGAACUGGCUGACCAUGGUGCCCAGCAUCGCCUGCUUUGACGACGCCAGCCUGCGGCUCCUCUUCGGCUCGCGGCUGCGGGAACGGGCGGCGCGGAUGCAGCUCCCGGGGGCAGAGGGAGACAGGCUUUCCCUGGGCUCCUGUGUCCGCAGAGUGCUGAACAUCUCCUUGGGCCUCCUCAUCGCCUACCUCAGCGUCCCGGUGGUCCUGAACCUGCUCAGCUCCAGACAGGUCAUGAACACCUCCUUCAACCCCCUCAGGAUCGUCAACACCUACGGAGCCUUCGGCAGCAUCACCAGGGAGAGGACAGAAGUCAUCCUUCAGGGAACAUCCAGCCUGGAUCCCAAUGAUCCCACAGCAGUCUGGGAGGAGUUUGAGUUCAAGUGCAAGCCCGGGGACUUGAGGAGGAGGCCGUGCCUCAUCUCCCCCUACCACUAUCGCCUCGACUGGCUCAUGUGGUUUGCUGCCUUCCAGACCUACGAGCAGAACGAAUGGAUCAUCCACCUGGCUGGGAAGCUGCUGGCCCAGGAAGAGGAGACCUUGUCCCUGCUGGCCACCAACCCCUUCUCAGGCAGGGACCCUCCAAGGUGGAUCCGGGGGGAACACUUCAAGUACAAGUUCAGCCAGCCCGGGGGGAAGCACGCCAGCGACGGGAAGUGGUGGAUCCGGAAAAGGAUCGGCCCCUAUUUCCCCCCUGUCAACCUGCAGGGCCUGAGGAAGUUCUUUGAGGACAGGAAUUGGCCUUAUCCCGUGCAGGACUGAGGGAAGAGGAUGGCCAGGACAAGAGGGACCAGCUGGGAAGAGGGAGGAUGGGCAGCUCCCUGCCCAACAUCUCCCACCUCUCUAUUUUUUACACCUAUCCUUGUUCACACCUAUUUUCCAAAAGAUUCCCAGCCAAUUUUCCCACUUGCUUUGUGAGCUGCUUUUUCUCGCCUCAGUGACUGACUUCUUUUUCCAGGCUGCUCCACUGGGGAAUUCCUCUGGAUCUGGGAAAAAGGCAAAUAACCGUGAUUGGUUUGGGGAGAGGUGUUGGCAUUGCCAAAAGCGGCUGAAUGUGGGUUUGAAACAAAAACAGGGAAAACAAAGCAGGAGGGAUCUCCGGGGUUGUGUGGGCUGUGGAUGCAGGCACAGGAAUUCCCUUUUCCAUGCUUUUUCCCACCUUUUUGACCACAUGUACCAAACGGGCACCACUGGGAGCUGGUGUUCCUGGAAAGGGAUUAAAGGAAACAAUUCUUGAACAACCAGCAGGAGCUUCCCCAGGUUUUGAUUUCCCCUGGAAGCACUAAAAAGGGGGAAAAAAGGAGCUCCUGUUGUGGCUCACCAGGGACAAGGCAGCUCCAGUGGGAAUGGGGUGGAAGGUGAGGAAUGAGGCGAGUCCUGGCAUUUAUUUGUGUUUUGGGGAGAAUCCGGUGUGGUGUCCGAGUGCCUGAUCCCCAUCCCGGGGAUCCAGGGCUGUGAGAGGAGAAUCCUCCCUCGCCUCCUCCCUCCCGUGGGUUCCAGGGUGCCUUUGCAUGGUCUCAGUGGAUUUUCCUUCCAAGCUGCUCCAGCCCUGGCUGGGUGACAGGUGACAGGUGAUGGGUGACAGGUGACACCCCCGGGCACCCCCACGGACGCCCCGUGGCCUCCCCCCUCCCCAAUUUAAUGAAUUUCUUUUGCUUUCCAACCUCUGGGUCAGGGAUAAUGGAUCCCAGACCAGCAUUCCCAUUCCUGUUUGCUGCUUGUUAAGUCUUUUUUUUCCCCUUUUUUUUCUUUUCAAUCCAAGCUCCCCGCUCUGCUCCGGAGCAGUGCCCGGAAGAUAAAACCCAUCCAAAGGGGCAGGAGCAGAUUCCAUAGGGAAUGUUUCCCUGGGACAAGAAUUUAUAAAAGAAAAGGAGCAAUUAUCCCGAGGUGGGAGGAAAUCAGAACCACGUUGUGUUAUCUGUUCACUGGGAAGGGUUUGUGGAGAGUUUUUAUCCCAAGUUCAGCACUGGAAGGAAAACGCUGCGGCAUUCCCGAGUCAGCACCGGGAAUCCGUGGGGAGGAAAACUCCAUCUGGGAGCUGCUCCCACCAGUUCUGGUGUCUCUGAGGUCCCACCACCUCCUGCAGAAGUUGUGGAGCGCAGGGUUUGGGUCCCUCAGUGGGCUCAGCCCCCUGGGAUGACGCCCCUCUCCAGGCUGGG